AUGCACAGUUCAAGUAUACGGACAACUAUAUCAAGACGUCAAAUGCUUAUGAUCUUACAAUUUAUUCCUGUAAUUUCAUCAAUAUCUUGGUACACGACAGCCAUUCCACUUAUAUUUGUAUUGGCUGUUUCAGCUGCGAAAGAUGGAUAUGAUGAUGUGCAACGACACAUUUCCGAUCGACAAGUGAACAAUCGGAAAUCGUAUGUGGUUAGAGGCGGUCGCUUGGUGGAAGAACCGUGGCACAAUGUGAAAGUCGGUGAUGUGAUUAGAAUGAUGAGCAAUCAAUUUGUUGCGAUCAAAUUAGCGCUUUCAAUGGGGAAAUCGUUUGCGAGGCACCGAACAAUAAAUUGGAUCGAUUUCAAGGGCAAU